UUUGAUUCUUUAUGGUAUUUAUCGAAGCUUUUCAGAACUAAAAGAAAAAUCUCAAUGAAUUUUUUAUAUGCAGUUCCAAGUCGAUUUUAAGAUAUAGUCGUGAGAGUUGAUAUGUAUAGUUGAUAAAUUUGAAGUUUGCAACAACUGAUUUAGAGGUUGGAACUAGACGGAAUUCAAGUUUAACGUCCUACAAUCAUUCAUAGUUGUAUUUGAUAGGUGGUUGAAGUUCAUUUUUCAGAGUUAGUGAUAUUGUUACAGUGUGGAUAAUUCAGAUCAAACGCGUUAGAGGUAUCAGAGUCUACAUGAGAGAGGAUGAAGUUAAAGCUUAAGACCAACAAUACAGAAAGUCUUAAGACGGCAUUGUCGUUGAUCAGUUCAUUAAGAAAAUAUAUAUUAUUACGAUUCACCCCUGAUAUCUUGUAUGUGAUUCUGGUCAAUGGUCAAUCAAUCAGUCAGGAACCUCAAGUUUGGUGUAAAUUGAAAAUGCAUGCUAUCUUUAAUCAAAUUGAAAUCCAGAGUCUUCGAGAUAAUACCAUCCUGUUAGAAGUCAAUGUUGAAUUAUUACUUCAAACGUUGAGGAAUUUCGAUAAGGCCAAUAGUGAUGGGUUGAAUAUACGACUUCAAAGAAAAGAAUCGACUGGAGCUCAAGGUGCAAAUUCAGGAAAUAGUAGAACAGCUUCAUUAGCUUUAUUCUAUUCCAACAUUAACGUCAAUGCUAGUACUAUCAAUCAUACAUUUAGAAUCCCGGUCAAGAUACUAAAGAAUACACAAGAUUUGUUGCUUUUAAAAGAACCAGAAUUGCAUGAUAUAGAUCUUAUCAUAAAGCUACCGCAAGAAUUCGUAUCAACGUAUAGGAGACUUGAUAAGUUUAAGCGAUCGUCAAGUAAUGAUACUGUUUGUAUAAAGGCGAGUAGGCGAGGAGGUGGAUUUUUAGGAUUUGUUUUAGAAGAAGAGGGUAAAUAUAGAGUUACCAUUAGUUGGAAUGAGAAAUUAGAAGUUUUAAAACCAUUUCAAGAAAAUGUUGAAGGUGAAAUGAUGAUUCGAACUGAAUUACAACAUAUUAAUGGAGAUGCAGGAAAUAUCGAUGAGAAUGAUCCUGGUGAAGAUAAAGAAAUAGUAGUAAGAUUGAAAGAUUGGCAAAUGGCUUCGAAAGUGGUUUCUACAUGUAAGACAGUUUACUUAUUACUUACUGCCAAAGAAUGCGUGUUACAUUGUUUACUAGAAGAUUCUGAUGAAGUAGAGAUUAUAUAUUACAUAAGUGGUAUACGAAUUAGAAAUGCAAUGGAGUAUUAAGUCAAGUCUGAUUACAUUCUAGU